AUGGCCAUCGAAGAGGAGAGUUCGCUUGAUCUCACCCCGACGUUCGGACUCAAUGCACUAGCAGCACUGGCCACCGUGCUUGGUGGGUGUGUCAUCUUCAGCAAUAAACUACUGCAACUGGCCAGCCCGAUGUUCAUGGCCGUGCUGCUCAGUGUAUCUGCCGGUAUCACAAUCUUUCAGGCUCUCGUGGUGCUCUUCGCGAACUCGUUCAAGGAGUUCAACGACGCCUUCAGUCUCGACGACAAUGAAAGCAACUCGAGCAAAGAUGACGAAGAUCAGGGCAACGCGUGGCUGGCGGCCACCGGCUGCUUUGGUGGCGGUAUCCUCGUAAGCUACAUAGUCGACUUCAUCGUUCAAAAGCUCACUCCAGGUCAAAACAUGAACGGCACGGCGCGGAUGCAGCCCGAGCGCUUGUCCUUUGAAGAAGGCACGUUCGAAGUCAAGCCACCCGUAGAACUCGUUCAGAAUCAAGGCAGCGACGUGUUCAUUAAGAUGGACGAAGCAGCGAAGGAGAAGCUGCAACGUAUGGGCAUUCUCAGUGCCAUCGCUGUGGGUAUCCACAACAUCCCGGAGGGUAUGGCUACUUUCGUGGCUUCGUCGGAGCACGCGUGGAUUGGGCUGUCCCUGGCGAUUGGUGUAGCUCUACACAAUCUCGCGGAGGGUAUUGCCGUUGCUACCCCGAUCUACUUUGCGACGGGUAGUACAUGUCGUGGGCUGCUGUGGUGCUUCUUGUCAGCUGUCGCACAACACAUUGGUGGGAUCAUCGCGUUCGCAUCGCUAGGGAUGGAUGCCGACAACGAGACACAGGGCAUUCUCUACGGACUGUGUGCUGGCAUGCUCUGCGGUAUCAGCAUGAAGGAGAUCAUACCGACUGCGUACAUGUACGCUAAUGGCAGGAUGCACCUCGUGUCGGCUGGCACAUUGGGUGGCAUGUUGAUCAUGUCCUCUGGUCUUAUUUUCUUUAAGUACGUUGGUGUGUAG